UUGUCCUCCACAGUCACGUGGUCAUACCGAGCAUCCUUUGCAGAUCCAGCAGACUGCGUGGCGUGUCUUCACUAGGUUACGGUAUGGACCAUCACGCUUCUGCCGCUGCUGUGAGGAGUCGCAGCAUCUCUUUCUUGUAGUUUUCUCCGGCUGGACUGCUCUCUGAAAACACAGGUUAUGCCACCCCAAAGGCUUCCAGGACCCCCAGCCCUGAAAGAGAAAGGCUGAUCCCCAUCCUCCCCCUAGUUCCUGCUGCUCUGCAACCCGUCUUUCCCUGCAUCCUCUCCUGCUUGCUCCCUUCAUCCACCUGCCAUCCCCAUCACCCUUUACCUCUAGAAGAGUUCAUCCUGUCACAUCUCUCUCCUAUAAAUCCCUCCCCAUAGCUGCUCCAUCCCUAGUCCCCCUUUAAUUUCAUUCCAGCCACACAAGCCUACCCCCCUUCAGGCCCCCUGUUCUCAUCACAGAGCUAUUCUUCACCCACUGGCUGCACGCCGGGACCCAUGGCUACAGGAGGUCAUGCCCCAGAGAUAGAUGUGUUGAUUAAUCUACAAGAGGUGAAGGUGGAGGAGGAAGAUGAGGAAGGAUCAGUGGAGGAACAUGAAGAAGAAGAGGAGGAGGAGGAGAGCUGGGAAAAGGCGCUGUCUGUGGAACGCUUUGGAGACAUCAUCAGCGACUCUGCUUACACCAGCGGAGACAGGAUGGGCCGACACUACACCGAGAAGGACUUUGAAUAUCACCGACACACAUUUCAUCAUACACAUCACCCCUUGUCUACCCACCUGCCCCUGCCCCAGCGUUUACGGAAGAGGGUGCACAGCUCAGACAGAAGACGGAAAAAGAAACGGAAGAAAAAAAAGACCUCCUUACCGCCAUCUGAUGUCACACCCACCAUCCACGAGGUAGAUGAGGAAGAGGCAGAGUCUGAAACGGACAGACAGACGACAGCUGCUGCAUGCACAGAGCCACCUGACCUCCAACCGCAGUUUAGUUUGGGGAGCCAAGAAGACUUGGAGGAACCCCUCCCGCUCUCUACCUUCCACACGGAAAAUGAAGAACAUCCAUUGUCAAAGGAAGACACACCCUCUCUGAUAAAUGGGGAGGCUUGUCACGGAGGAGCUGCUGCUCUUGAGCAGGACGAGGAGGUGGAUGGAGAGGAAGCAUCCUGCAGCAGUGCUACCGAUGAAUCAGAAUCUUCAAGUUCAGCCUCGAGCCGCGGCUGGUUCCGCAAGAAGCCUGUCCAUCACCGUCCAGCAGCCGCCCAGCGGAGCAACUAUGACCUACGAGAGCGAAUCUGCAUCGGCAGCAUGACAGCUCAUGAGACGGCCGUCUACCAGCAGGUGCCCACUGAUGAGGCCGAGGCCCAGAUGUUGGCCAGCGCUGAUCUGGAUGACAUGAAAAGUCACAGAUUUGAGGACAACCCCGGGGUGAGACGCCACCUGGUGAAGAAGUCAUCCCGAUGUCAGAUGAAUAGGAGCAGCAACAGCUCCACGCCGCUAUGCAGCCUGAAGAAGAAGAAGAGAGCAGCAGAUAAGAAAACUCAUGAGUUGUUCGUGGAGCUGAACGAGCUGAUUGUGGAGAAGGACCAUGAAAUGCGUUGGAAGGAGCGUGCUCGCUGGAUCAAGUUUGAAGAGGAUGUGGAGGAGGAGACAGACCGCUGGGGAAAACCUCAUGUGGCCUCGCUCUCUUUUCGCAGCUUGUUGGAGCUUCGACGCACCAUCACACAUGGCGCCAUCCUCCUUGAUCUGGAGCAAACCUCUCUGCCUGGCAUCGCCCAUCUGGUGGUGGAGACAAUGAUCAUCUCUGAUCAGAUCAGAGCGGAGGACAGACCCAGUGUUCUCCGAGCUCUGCUCCUUAAACACAGCCAUCCGAGUGAUCUGAAACACCGCUUUCACCGCCACCACUCGUCCAGCAGCCUGGGUCACGGCAGCUUCAAUCACAACCACGUCCAGGACACCAACCUGCCACUGGUGGCUGAAGAGAACGAGGAGCACCAAGAUGGCAAAGGACCUGUAUACGACCCAAAACAGGAUGUUUUCGUCAGCCUGUUUAAAUCUCUCCACCCUCUGCCUGAGAGCCAUCCGGCUGCAGCCAGAUCGAUGAAACUACUUGCCAAGAUCCCCAAAGAUGCUGAAGCUGUCAUUGUUUUAGUUGGCUGUGUUGAGUUCCUGGAGCAGCCGGCUAUGGCCUUUGUCAGGCUGAAUGAAGCCAUCCUUCUGGAGUCAGUCCUGGAGAUCCCUGUCCCUGUACGCUUUCUCUUCGUCCUGCUCGGUCCAAGUCAGUCCAACAUGGACUAUCACGAGAUAGGACGAUCCUUCUCCACUCUCAUGUCUGACAAGAGUUUCCACGAGGUGGCCUAUUUUGCUGAUGACAGACAGGAUCUCCUGAAUGGUAUCAAUGAAUUCUUGGACUGCAGCAUCGUGAUUCCACCCUCAGACGUGGAGGGAAAAGACCUCCUGAAGACAGUGGCUGACUUCCAGAAGCAGAUGCUGCGCAAGAGGAAAGAAAGAGAACUGAAGAGACAACACUCCUCAGCUGGGAUUGAGCUCAACAACAAAGAGGUGAGUCCAGAAGAGGAGGAAGAAGGAGACCAGGAGGUGGACCCUUUAAAGCGCUCAGGGAUCCCAUUCGGAGGUCUGAUCCACGACAUCCGCCACCGUUACCCGCAGUAUGUCAGCGACCUUAAAGAUGCUCUGGACAUGCAGUGUAUCGCCGCCGUCAUCUUUAUCUACUUCGCUGCUCUAUCGCCAACUAUUACCUUUGGAGGACUGCUAGGAGAAAAAACAGAGGGCAUGAUGGGAGUGACUGAGCUUAUUGUGUCCACUGCUACUCUUGGAGUUAUUUUCUCACUGCUUGCUGGUCAGCCUCUACUCAUCAUUGGCUUCUCAGGACCUUUACUUGUGUUUGAAGAAGCCUACUACAAGUUCUGUCAAUCCUACAACUUUGAGUACCUUACUGGUCGAGUCUGGAUCGGUUUCUGGCUCAUCAUCAUCGUCCUGGUCAUCGUAGCAGCAGAGGGCAGCUUCCUCGUUCGCUACAUCUCACCAUUCACCCAGGAGAUCUUUGCUUUUCUCAUUUCCCUAAUCUUCAUCUAUGAGACGUUCUCUAAGCUCAUCAAGGUGUUUCAGGAGCACCCACUGAUGGCCAUAUAUCCCACUGAUUCCACUCCCACCAUUGGUCUCAGAGAUUAUGAAGGCCCCGUCUUCAACCAGCCCAACACUGCUCUCCUGUCUCUGGUCCUCAUGAUGGGAACUUUCUUUAUUGCUUUCUUCCUCAGGAAAUUCAGAAACAGUCGCUUUUUGGGUGGAAAGGCCAGAAGAAUCAUCGGUGACUUUGGCAUCCCCAUCUCAAUUUUACUGUCAGUGUUGGUGGAUUACGCCAUCACUGACACUUAUACACAGAAACUCGAUGUGCCGUCUGGCUUCUCCGUCACCUCCCCUGACAAGCGCGGCUGGUUCAUCAGUCCCUUUGGUGACAAGCAGCCAUUUCCAACCUGGAUGAUGGGAGCAUCUGUCGUACCCGCGCUUCUUGUCUUCAUCCUCAUUUUCAUGGAAACUCAGAUCACUUCACUCAUAGUCAGUAAGAAGGAGCGUAAACUGAUCAAAGGCUCAGGUUUCCACCUGGAUCUCCUGCUCAUUGUCAUCCUGGGUGCCAUCUGUCCUCUCUUUGGCCUGCCGUGGCUCACUGCAGCCACUGUCCGCUCUGUCACCCAUGUCAAUGCCCUCACAGUCAUGAGCAAAGCUACAGCGCCUGGCGAGAAGCCCAUGAUCCAGGAGGUGAAAGAACAGAGGCUGACAGGACUUCUAGUGGCUGUUCUUGUUGGUAUGUCCAUCGUGAUGACAGACGUGCUCCGCCUCAUUCCUCUGGCCGUGCUCUUUGGUAUCUUCCUCUACAUGGGGGUCACCUCUCUGACAGGCAUCCAGCUAUAUGAACGAAUCACACUGAUGGUCACACCCGCCAAGCAUCACCCCGACCACAUCUACGUCACCAAGGUGAAGACAUGGCGUAUGAACAUGUUCACCAUUGUGCAGCUGGCAUGCAUCGUGGCUCUGUGGGUAGUGAAGUCCACCGUGGCCUCCUUGGCGUUCCCCUUCGUCCUCAUCAUGACGGUGCCGCUGCGUCGCCUCAUCCUCUCCAGGAUUUUCGAGGAACGUGAGCUCCAGGCGCUGGAUUGCGAUGAGGACUCUCCGAACUUUGACGAAGAUGGACGGGAUGAGUACAACGAGAUCCACAUGCUUGUGUAAAUUAAAAAUGGACCCUUCCACUCGGACUUCCACCUCCGUUCUCCAGCUCUGACCAAUCAGAACAAAUCUCUUUGGAAACCACAGCGUCAAAGAAGGAGCUCCUGAAAUGGUGUUUAUAAAAUACUCUAAAUAUUCUGGAUAUAUAUCUGGAUACUCACUUUCUACCCUUGUUUAGACCAGAGCACACCUGAUGUUAGAUCUCUGUGGUGUUGUGUUAAACUCCCUGAACAUUUUAUUUUAUAAGUGGCCAUAAAAAAUAACCCUGAGCACCUACCUGAAGUUGACGAUGCAAAUAUAGCAAAAAAAAAAAAAGCCUAACUUAUAUGAGCGUUUUCACCAUGUUUUUAUCCUAAAUAUCCCUUUAAUUACUCUGCAGGUUGUGGGCAUAAGUGCAAUGUUGAUGGGGACCUUAACGACUACAGGGAGUGGGAUAAUUUCACCCGUCUUUAAACCUGAAAGGUGGAAAAUAGGGUCAGUUUGUUCUAAUUUAAGCAGAUUUUCAUGAAAAGUUGUGAAUUAUCUGGCUAAUUGACCCUAAUUUCAAAGCCCAGAAUUCCACUGCCUCAGCAGAUUAAAUGCCAGAUUUCCUUUGUACCACUGCCGUUGCCUAUUGGUUGCAAUGAAGUGCAACAAGGAGUUAAAUAGACCUUUUCCGUUCUGUGCAGACUUCUAGUAAUGAGCACUUUGACUGGGCAAAAGUUCACCUUUGUCGCUGCCAACAGAGCUCCCUGGCACUAAGCCUCCUCCCUAAAUGUAGUCGCCCCUGAAGCCAAAAUUUCUCCAGAGACUGUGCAAGCCUCUUCAUGGGGUGUUACUGUACUUUGUUUGGUGUUAAAUGCCCAACAUACCAGUACUCCUACCCUCUUAUUGUGACCUUGGAUGUAUAAUGUAAGUAAAUAGCUAACAUGGUCUAAACCUUAUUUUUCUACUUUGUUGUACCUAUUUAUUUUGUGACCUUUGGACUCAAUGCCAGAUUCUUAGUGGUGUUUAGAUUCCAAAUACCUAUAGCUAUACAAGUAUAAAAUAAAAGAAAAUAUUGUGUAGGUUGACACAUGAAAAACAGAAGAUGUCAUUAUUCACCGGUUCUUUCAUCUCUCCACAGUACUUCCAUGGCGUGGUGCAUUUUUCACACAUGUCAUGAAUAAUAUGAUAACACACUUGAGUGGAAAAGCAUAGAAACUAAGCAAACACACAAGCACUGAAAACGCUGGGGAACAGUUGAGUGUUGGCAGAAUGUAUGAAUGAUGCAUUGUACAGCACGACUGUGAGCUUGGAAUUAUAAUGUACCAUCUGUGUUCAGAGUUGUUUUGAAAUGCCCAGAGAUUUAGUUUUCACCUCCUAUAUUUUCGAGCCCGCUAUAGAAUUUUAAUUACCAUUCAGCUGUGACUCUUGGACAUUUUCAGAAACUCUACUUCUGCUGCACCAGUUGUACAUAGAAAUUACACAUAAUUUCAUGAGAGUCCAGAGCUAUUCAGGAUCAUAUUGUGUACAGUUUUGUGAAAGCCUUGUGUAUAAUCCUCAAAGAAAUAUUACACCGCAGUCUGUAUACAAGAAGUGGAUGUAGCCUCUUGGUUUCAGAAGUUAAGUCAUCGCAGAAGUGCCUUAAACCUGCAUUCCAGUGAAGGUGUGCCUCCACCAGAUGUAAAAAGAUGUUUGGCCGUUUAUUUUCAGUUAAAAAAUAGGACCUUAAAUCAAGAUUGAUUAAUAACCUUGUGAAAAAAACAUCCUAAUGAGUUUGUGGUUUGAUCCUUAGCCUUAAUCCUUCCUGAGAAAAAAAACACUAUAAAUAGACCAAUUUCGGUUAGACAUAGUUGUGGCCAAAAACAGCUGAAGCAAAUACAGAGAAGCACAAAGAAACAAGACAGAUCCCUGGUAUUCAUUGCUCAUGUGAUGCCACAAUCUCAUGGAAGCGCCCCCUAGUUGGCAAGAAAGGCUUCAUGCUUUACAUGCUGGCACUUUUGGUUGCCACCUAUGUUUUUGGGCUUUUUGGCUUUAAUGGGAAAGGACAGCUGAAGAGAGACAGGAAACAUAGGGAUAGAGGGAUGUGGAAGACAUGCACCAAACAGUCCCAAAUCCAGGACCAGUGCAUCGAGGACCACAGCCUUUGCAUGUUGGCACCUGCUCCAUCCACCAAGCCAAACUGGCGUGUAUUUUAUCCAUCCAUUUUCUUCCACUCAUCCAGGGCUGAGUCGUGGUCACAGCAGGCUUAGUAAGUCAACCCAGACAUCCCUCUCCCCAACAAAAUUUUCCUCUACUUCCUGGUUGAUUCUGAGGCAUUCCCAGGCCAGAUGAGAUAUAUAAUCCCUCCAGCGAGUACUGGGUCUACCCUGGGGUCUCCUCCAAGUUGGAUGCACCUGGAAGACCUCCACAGGGAGGCAACCAGAAGGCAUCCUAAUCAGAAGCCUGAACCACCUCAACUGACUUUUUUCAAGAAAGAAAACCAAGCCGAACCCAGCCGCCCUCCUGUGGAAUCUCAUGUCAAUCGCUUGAACCUGCAACUUCAUUCUUUUGGUCAUUACCCAGGGUUCGUGACCGUAGGUGAGUGCUGGAACAAAAAUCAAUCCAUAAAUUGAAAGCUUUGCCUUCUGCCUCAGCUCCUUCUUCACUUCAGUGGUCCAGUACAACACCUGGUCCAUUCAACCCUUGCUCGUGAACAAGACCCCAAGAUACUUGAACUCUUCCACUUGGGGCAAAACUUCCCACCCAGAGGGAGCAAUCCAGCGUUUUCCAGUAGACAACCCAUGGCCUCAGACUUGAAGGGGCCACCCCUUAUCCCAGCCACUACCCGCUCAGCUACAAACCACCCCAAUACCUGCUGGAGGUCCCUAGCUGAAAAGGCCAAUAGAAUCACAUCAUCUACAGAAGCAGAGAUGAAUGUUUAAGGUCACCAAACUGGAAACUUGUGCCCCAAGAUCCUGUCCAUGAAAAUCCCAAACAGAAUCCAGUUUUAUUGUAGUUUCUUGUAAAGUAAGAAAGUUGUUGCUUAACUGAAUUAUUUAAAUAAUGAGGAAGUAAGUCGUGGCUAUGCCUCCACAGAGUCCAUUCUGAAGAAGAAAACUUAAAGAGGUGCAAAUAGCAGAUCAGUGUUGUAGGAGAUACUAUGCUGUCUCUGUAGGUUAUAUUAGACAGUAGCACCAAACAGACUUCCUAAUCCUGCUCUCAAAUUUCAUGUUAACUUGGCCAAAAUAUGACUGCCUUAUAAUUAGCAUUACUAAGCAUACUUAUGUUGUGUGGCCAAAGCUGAUGGUCAUAGAUGAGAAAUGGCAUUUCUUGAAUUUUCUGAUGGGAGGUAGAUUUGAUGAAUUGGUUUAUCAUCUACAGCCAUUUAUCUCACUGUAGACAUUACUCAGAAACUGGCUGCCACCUGAGGCCAAUCACAAAGCCAGUGUUCCACGUUGAUAAGUUUUUGAGUAGGUGCACGUCAGACUUUUCACCUAUGCUUCUUAUGUAUGAACUGUAUGUUCAUGAAUAUGCAGACCUAGGGCAUAUGCUAUGGUGUCUAUUCAACACAAUUCAACAAAGUACAAAUCAGGCUUAACUCAGGCUUAAAGACACAUAAAUAUCAGACAGUAAAACCUUUACAGCCACCUGCCCUGAAAUAGAGAGAAACAAAUACUAAUGGGAUUUUUGAAGGGAAAUAUUGCUGGUAUUCCAGUAACAGAUAAUGCCUAUGUAAUGUAAUGCCUAAGUACUCUAAUAGGUUACUGUAAAAACUGGUCUAUAAGAUACACUUCUAGUUUUUUUUAAGAUUUAUUAUCCAAAAAAGGUACCUUUAUCCUUUAUUCUGAGCUGACUUUUGAACCAGUAUAAAGUGCAGCGACAUGUAGCGUCAUUACCGUAAGUGCAGGCAGUUGCAGCAAUCCCUCAUUGCACAAGAUCUAGCAUGACUGAAAAUAUUGCCCUACUCAUCAUGGAUUUCUAGCAGCCACCAAGUUGCUCAGAAUGUGCUGCAGUACAUAACACAGACCAAAGCAGCUGAGGCAGGCAUUACUUUUUAACCGCUUUUCUCCUUUUUGAGGUCAUAAUCAAGUGAUAGUGGCGAAGCAACAGAGACUUUUGGGUUAUGAGUCUGCCUUAAAAUAAUCAACGCAUGCUGAGAGCUCAACUGCUGUAGUAUGGCUAGGAAAUGUGCAAAUUUUAUACCGAAUAAACAAAAUGUACGUAAAAGAGCAAAGCAGCUGCACAGAAACUGUCCCACUGGACAGACUGAGGCUUAUAUAUUAAGACAAUUUAUAUUUCCAAAGUUGCAGUACUCUGUAAAACAUUACUGGCCAAACAAGUUAUCCAAAUAUGGUUACAUGUGUCUUGGGAUGGCAAAAGCCAAAAUGCCUAAAAUUAGACUACAUAAUAGAGGGUUCACAACCAAAUGAGUAAAAUCAUCAUGGCUACAUGCACUUCUUUUAUACAUUUUACGGUGUAAGACUUAUGCCUGAGAGCACAAAUCAGAAAGAGGAGGCUUAAAUGAACACUAGAUUUGGGAAUUAUGUGUCAUAUUUCUCACACACGAUGGUUUUUAAACCAAAAAAACCCUGCAGACUGAAUUAGAUGCACAUGAGCAGACUUGAAUUUGAAAGUAAAAUACUCUGGAGGCCCUAAAGAUGAUGGAGGUGACAUUAGCUCACCAGAAAGGUGCUGAUAUUGAAGGUUUUACCUUUUUAAAAAUGGAGGAAUGUUCCUGCACAGAUGUUAAUUGUAUGCAGUAUAUAUUUUACCUUUUAUGCUAACAGUAUUUAUUUUUCUGUGGUUCAUCUCUGCACUGUAACUGCUGUAAUGCAUAAAGACGGUGGAAUCAGUCAACAGACAGUGUGGCAGCUGAGGAGGUUUUUGUACAUAGCUAUAAAUUAUGACAAAAAUAAACUCAAAUAUUCAUAUAUAUAUUUGUAUUUACCUGAUAACCAUUAUGACUUCUGCAGACUUACAAUCGACUAAAAACAAAGUGCUGAAAAGCAAAGUCCAGAUGAUAAAGUACAAUUAAACAAAUCAUGCUCUGAAUGGUCAGGAGUGUAGCAGCAUUUUUGUUUUCAAACCACAGAGAUGGGUAUAUCUCAUUUCACGUAACCAUGCCCUACAUUACGAGCCAUGCAAGAAUUCUGUCUCAGGGGAAACUGACCUUUGAUCUGUAAAUAUUGAUUCCCAGCCUUUCAGUUUGUUGUCUCCUUUGUGUACAUAAAGCGGUCAAGGCAAUCCAACACUUGCAAUGUAAAAAUAUAUGGCUUACAGUCCGGGCUUUUGUGUCAGACAAAGGGAAAAAAGGAGGUCAAGUGGAGUAAAAGCUGUGUUUACUCGAGUGCAGUCACAUGGAAUUCAAACUGUAAAUUAAAACCUUUAUUUUCCCUCCAUUGUUGUCUGUAAGCAGACAUUUGAAGCUCUGCUUUGAUGUGAAGCAUGCACCUGCUGCAGUGAGUAUUUUAUUCUGCAGCUCUCCGGGUUAAUGAGUUACUGAACGUGCUUUACAUUAGCACUGCAUAGCAGAUUCAUAGAGAGCUGCAUCAUAAUGGACCUUUUCAACCACAUGUUUAUGUUGCAUGGUGUAAGGGGACUGAAAUGGCAAACUCAUGACAGAGAUAUCUAAAGGUUUUCUCCAUAGACCUCAACAGUGAAUGCCCACUUUUUUCAGUAGCUCUUGUUCUGGAAGUAAAAUUCCCAUUCAAAUUCUGCACUGACAUUUUAAAUCUUUGCAUCAGCAUUUUUUAUCCUUGAACCAAGCCAAUCAGUGACAAGAAUACCUAUCUCAAAAGAACAUUUGAUACAGUGCAAAAUCAAGAAAAAAAGGACAAGUUCAAGACUAUGGCCCAUUCCUAUUUCUGUUUUACUUUCAGGUGCCCCCUUGAAAUCAGAUGAUCUUUUAAGCUCCUGGUAGAUGCCAAGAGAUUUCUACUUUAAGAAAUUUUUGAAAAAAGACCAUAUUACGUUUAAAUAAUACUAAUUAUCAUAUGAGAUUGUUGUUGUAAUUUUCAAAUCUUGAUGAUUCACAAGGCUUUGUAGGACAUUUCCCAAAACGUUUGGAUAAGUGUCCAUGUACCCUACGUCACUCUACCCCUCCAUUUCAACAACAGUCAAGACACCUAAGCGGUAAAAUGCAACACGUCGAGUAGGCCUGAGUGGUUGGGUGAUUUGAGAUUUAGCCUAUUUAUAUUUCUAUCUUCUAAUGUAGUAUUUAUAUCUGUCUGUGAGGGUCUCAUUUAUCCAAGUCAUGGUAAUACAGAGAGGAAAACUGGGCUUGAUAGGUUACUGAAGAUGUUUCACUUCUCCUCUUAAAGGCUUGUUCCGUCCAGAAACCAUCCAAACCUACCCAGUUAUAUGUGAAAAAGUCAUUGUUUCCUCAGCCUAAUAACUUGUUGGGCCGCCCUCAGUGGCAACAACUACAAGCAAGCAUUUGCAAUAACUCGGAGGAAUUUUGGCCCACUCUUCUUUGCAGAAUUGUUUUAAUCCGGCAUUGGAGGGUUUUUUCAAGCAUGAACCUCCUGUUUAAAGUCAUGACAAAGCAUCUCAAUCAGGAUCAAGUCCAGAUUUGACUAGGCCACACUAUAAACCAUUCAGAUGUGGACUUGCUGGCGUUUCAGAUCAGAUCAACAUAAGUGCACUUUGGCUGCGCAUUCCCCCUCAGGAUUUUAUGGUAGAGAGCAGAAUUAAUGGUUCCAUCAGUUAUGGCAGGUGGUCCCAGCCCUGAGGCAGCACAGCAGCCCUAGACCGUCUCAAUACUGCAGCAUGUUUGACUGCUGGUAUGAUGUUCUUUUAUGAAAUGAUGUCUUACUUAGAAGAUGUAAUGGGACGGACACCUUCCAAAAGUACAACUAUUGUCUCGCCAGUCCACAGAAUAUUUGCCCAAAAGUCUUGGAGAUCAUCAAGAUGUUUUUUUGGCAAAUGUGACACUGGCCUUUGUGUUCUUUUUGGUCAGCAGUGGUUUUGGCCCUGGAAAUCUCUUAUGGAUGCUCAUUUUCUCAGUCUCCUUAAUGUUGAAUCAUGAACACUGACCUUUUCUGAGUCCAGUGAGGCCUGCAGGUCUUGCAGGAUGUUUUACUUUUGUGAUCUGAGUGAGAUGCUGAUGCGCUCCUAGAGUAAUUUUGGUAGGACAGCCAUUCCUGAAAAGGUUCACCACUGUUCCAAGAUUUCUCUGUUUGUGGAUAAUGGCUCUCACUGUGGUUUGCUGGAGUCCCAAAGCAUCAGAAAUGGCUUAAUAACCUUUUCCAGACUGAUAGAUGUCAAUGACUUUGUUUCUCAUCAGUUCUUGAAUUCUUUUAAAUCGCAGCAUGGAGCGUUGCUUUUUGAGAUCUUUAAGCUUAUUUUCCUUUGUCAGACAGGCUCUAUUUAAUAGAUUUAUUGAUUCAACAGGUCUGGUUGUGACUAGUGAAACUGAUCUCAGCUUUCCAAUAACUUUGGUUAGUGACAGUUAUUUAUUCAUUACCAAGGGGGGCUAUAACAUUUUCACAUAGGAUAGGUUUGGAUGGCUUUGUUCACUAAAAAAAUAAAAUCUUUAUUUUAGAACUGCGUUUUGUGUUUACUACGCUUAUCUUCAUCUAAUAUUCAAAUGUGUUUGAUGACCUGAAACAUUUAAGUGUGAAAAAUAUUUUCAAAGUAAGAAAUCAGGAGGGUAUGCUACUGUUUCAAAUUGUGGUAGCUCACUCAAAUCUACUAUGGAGCAAAUGACUGGGAUUUUUACUUCCGUAACCACACUGUUGAGCUCUAUUAUCCUUGGCCGCGCUGUGUUCAUGACAUGAAUGAAUGUAAAUGUUCAGCUGACUGUAUUUUUAGGCACAUGCUUUUGCCUGACAGAUUUAGACAAGUUGGGUCUAAUCUAUCGAGCCCCAUUAAGUACGAAAGCUACUGGUAGAAAGUUGAACAUCAAUGAUGCUUAAAGCACAGAGGACAGAUUAUUUCUUAGAUGUAUGUACACAGUUGUAACCAAAAAUGUUUGAAAUACUGAUGUUGAGCCCACUUCUAACCCUAACAAUUUAAACAAAUUAAAGGGAACAAAGUGUAACAUAUUCAGCCCAUUUAAUUGUAUUUUCUUUGUAUUUAUUUGAAAUAUUUCUAUGUAACAGAGUAUUCCUUCAUGGUUGUCUGAUAUUGUUGUCUUUUGUCAUAAAUCUUUUCCUUUGCAAGGAAUUAAAU